CGUGAGGAACAAACGGUGCAAACAUUCGAGGGGUGAAUCAUCAUCGUCAGCGUUUUGACACCAACACAAACGCUCGACUCCAUCGCGGGGCCCUGUUCAACGUUUCCCCCAAGACAGAGGUUCGCAGGUUAGGUUUGAUUUGGCCCGACGGGAAGAUCAUCCGUUGCCUCUGAUUCUUGGCUUCUAGGAUACGAUACUGUCCUUACCAAUUCUCUCGGCCCCGAGAGACUUUUUCAUAUCGGGUUUCUAGAGGAAAUAGAAUACUACGCCGCGGCUUUUAAACGCAUCUGUUUAGAACCAUAGAUUCUGCGAUUCCUUUAUGCAACAUUCUGUGUUUAAUUCGAAAUCUCCAGAAUGGUACCAAGCAACGGAAGCCAUCAGGCAGACGGCCGAACAUGGCGCAACUACUUCCCUGACGGCGAUCUCUGGGUCUUUGGUUAUGGGAGCCUGAUUUGGAAGCCCCCGCCACACUAUGAUCAAAGAGUGCCCGGUUAUAUCAAUGGCUAUGUCCGGCGGUUUUGGCAGGUUAGUACUGACCACCGAGGCACACCAGAAGUACCUGGUCGUGUGGUGACUGUGAUUGAGCGAGAGUUCUGGGAGACAUUGGAUGACCCGCUAGCGCACUUGGAAAACUCAGACUCGUCGACAUCCCGAGUCUGGGGCGCGGCAUAUCAUAUCCCUGCCUCUCACGCCGAAGAAGUCCACGACUAUCUUGAUGAGCGCGAGAUUGACGGCUACACCGCGCACUUCACCCCAUUCCAUGCCUUUGGAUCAACCGAUGUGCCGGAGUCUAAGCCGAUCACCUGCAUGGUCUACAUAGGCCAGCCAACGAAUCCGCAAUUCCUGCGCGACCCUGCUCGCCGUGAGCCGCAGGAUGUGGCUGAAGUGAUCAGUCGCGGCAGGGGUCAGAGCGGUAAUAACACCGAGUAUCUUUAUUUGCUGGAGAAGGCCCUCGAGAGCGUAGGGCUUGGAAGCGCCGAUGGGCAUGUCACGGAUCUGGUUCGGCGAGUGAAAGCGAUCGAGGGGGCGGAGGAGGCAGCGAGAGCGGAAGAUGCGGCUGAAAGAGAUCUAAGGAAAUCGCUUAGUCGAUCUGAGGAGGAAGCCCAUCGGAAUAUCGGGAACGAAUAGGAAACCCACCUCCCCUCAUUCCUCCGUGUCCCUCAUACAAUCACGGUUCCUGGAGUGGGUCAAGAUAGGCUCAGGAAGCGAUGAUGAAUAGAUGAUUGAAAUAAUACAACUCUGUAGGGAACUACGCC